AUGUCACUUCGCUAUUGCAAACCCAUUCAAAGAGCUGCUUGGAAAUCAUCAUUUAUCAGCAACAAUAAUCUGAUCUCAGCGUCAUUCUCAACCACCCUGGGACUUUUAUCGACAGAAAAUAAUUCACUCGUCGUUGGUCCGCCACAAAAAAGCUUGAUCCCUCCAGGAAAUUGCCAAUUUGGAGAAGACUUUACCUCUGUACCCUUACUUGGUCGGACACCAGUAUCCCACAACUCAAGCGUCUUGAAAUUCGGCCUUCCAGAUGAAAAUUUGCCAUUGAACCUAUCGACAUGUGCCUGCAUUCUGGCCCAAGCAGAUGUGGACAACGAGGCAGUGAUUCGACCCUACACACCUAUUUCGACCAACGUUCAAGUUGGAUCCUUUGAUCUGUUGGUCAAGAAUUAUGGCGACCAAGGGACCAUGUCGACACAUUUGCACGAAAUUGAGGUUGGCGACACUUUAAAUUUCAAGCACAUUUCCUUCAAUGUUAAGAUUCAGGCUCCCUUUGAGCAAUCACAUAUUGUCAUGUUGGCGGGCGGUACAGGAGUCGCUCCUAUGAUUCAAGCUUUGCAUGCUAUCUUAGGUGAUGCCGAGUCGAAGGCGAAGGUGACUCUCUUGUAUGGAAGUCAAACGUCGGACGACAUUCUGGGUUUUGAUCUGUUAAAACAGUGGGAAGAAGACUUCCCAGAACGAUUGGAAGUAGUCCAUGUACUUUCCGAUGAAGAUGGUGAUGCGGGUGAAUUCGCUAGUGGGUUUGUAGAUCAAAAGCUCCUGGAAAAGCAUGUACCGGAUAUUGAUAGUGACGAAACCUUGGUUCUGGUUUGCGGGCCUCCACCAAUGUACGAAGCACUCUGUGGACCGCGGGAUGUGCCAGAGCUCACUGGGAUUUUGUCAGAUAUGGGAUGUUCAGCCGAACAGGUGUACAAAUUCUAA